AUGCUCCUGCCGCUCCUGCCGGCGCUGCUGGCGGCCUUGGCGCCCCCGCUGCCCUGCGGCCAGGCCGGGCCGCCCCCCUCGCCGCUCAACUCGUCCCUGGCGCCGCCGCCGGCCGUCGGGGGCUUGCCUGCCGGGCGGCGGGGGGCCGGCGCGACGGCGCGGGCGGGGGACCCUCUGCCCGGCCCGCCCGUCGAGGAGGGGGCGGCGGCGUCGUGCAACAUCAGCGUGCAGCGGCAGAGGCUGAGCUCGCUGCUGGUGCGCUGGGCGCCGGGGGGCGCGCCGUGCGACCUGGCGCUCUUCUCCACGGGCGGCGCGGGCGGGCGCGCCUUCUUCUCGGCCGCCUUCCACCGCGUGGGCCCGCCGCCCCUCCUCAUCGAGCACGUCGGGCUGGCGGCCGGCGGCGUCCAGCAGGACCUGCGCCUCUGCGUGGGCUGCAGCCGGGCGCGGGGCCCGCAAGCCCGCCGCCUCCGCCCCGGGGGGGCCCCCGCGCCGCCGCCCCCCGCGCCGCCGCCCCCCGCGCCCCCCGCCGCCGCCGCCGCCUCGCCCCUGCCCGAGCCCGGGCAGCCGUGGCAGCAGGGCGAGCGGCUCCACUUCUGCUGCCUGGACUUCAGCCUGGAGGAGCUCAAGGGGGACCCCGGCUGGAGGAUGAACCGCAAGCCCAUCGAGUCCACCCUGGUGGCCUGCUUCAUGACCCUGGUCAUCAUCGUGUGGAGCGUGGCCGCCCUCAUCUGGCCCGUGCCCAUCAUCGCCGGCUUCCUGCCCAACGGCAUGGAGCAGCGCAGGCAGGGCGCCCCCCCCGCCGCCCCCGCCGCCCCCACCACCACGGCCAAGUGA